AUGAAUUGGCAACGUUUCUAUGAGCAAUUCGUAGAUGGUUGGCAAGUUUUGCAUAAAUUCACACAUCCACGCCACAUGACAGUCUACUAUAAUCGUGAACAGAUGAAAGCCAUUUGGAAUUAUAUGAAUACUGAGGAACGUCAAUUGCCUAUUCGAUGCAUUUGGCAUUACUUUAUUAUUGUACAGAUUUAUAUAUUUUUCUUGUCAUUAUUAUAUGGAAUACCUGAAUCUUUUGACAGUAUUGUGGACUUGGGUGAAGAUAUAUUAUGGGUCAUUGCAGCAUUCUUUUUGUGUUUCAAGGUGAUAUACUUUCUAAACUAUGCCGAUGAUAUCGAUAUAAUAAUAGACACACUCGAGCAAAUGCAUCAUGAACCGAAUACAAUUAAGCGAAUACGUUCGAUACAACGGGAACACUUUCUAUUGGAGACAGGAUUGAGUGUGGCUUGGUAUGGAGCCAUGGCUUUCUUUAGUACAGUGAUUGUUAGCCAUCCCUUGUGGUCGGCCCAAACAUUACUUUUUCAUUGUGCCUAUCCAUUUGAGUUGCAUAAUCCCAUUGAGCAUCCAAUAUGUCAUUUCAUUAUAUUGCUAACACAAAUUUUCAUAAUGACCUACUAUCAGUUGUGGAUACUCUAUACGGAAUUGUUCUCAGUACACUGUUUCUCUCAAUUGGCUGUACAUUUUCAAAUUCUUUGCAUUGAGCUACGUGAACUAAAGAAAAAAACCGAUGAUGAGCAACAUUUCUCUAGCGAAUUGCGGCGUUUGGUGCGUUGCCAUCAAAGGAUACUCCAUUUGGUUCAACGUGUCAAUGAAGUGUUCUAUGCACCAUUGAUAUUACAACUAUUUGCCACAUUUGCCCUGCUAUGCCUAUCGGCAUUUGUGGUUAUGGCAUGUCGUGAUCAAAUCGAAAUUGUUAUACGAUUUGCAAUAUUUAUGUUGAUGACAUUUUCUUAUAUAUCGUAUUGGUCAAAGUUCGGUGAUAUGGUAACUGAAAAAUCACAUGAAGUGGCUUUGGCUGCCUACGAUGCCUAUCAAUAUUCUUCGAAAUCGAAAUUAUUGAAAUCUCAACGUAAUCUAAUUUUAAUCAUGCUACGUGCACAAAAACCUUUGAACAUGAAGGCAAAUCCAUUUCCAGCAUAUAAUCUAAAUAACUGUAUGCUGUUAUUAAAGCAAUGUUAUACCAUAUUAACUGUACUCUUGAGGUAUUUGGAUUGA